AGUACGGAAGUGUUAUAUUUAUCAACCAUGGCUGACAGACCAAAAAUGAAGUCUAGAGGCUAUUCAGCCAGAAAGAAAGUAAAUCUGACAUUUUUGAUGUGUCUCGUGUGGAUAGGAAUAUUCUCAAACAUUUGUUCUCGAGCUUUAUCUGAAUCUGUGACCUGUGAUGGUAUUCAAUGUGUAGAAGGAAGUUGUGUAAAUGGCACCUGUCGAUGCAAUUACGGCUGGAAAGGCGACAACUGUGAUCACUGUUCUGGGAGAGUUCUACUGACUGAUCCCGUGGGGUUCGUGACAGACGGCCAUGGUAACUAUAGUGUGGACAAUAAGUGUACCUGGCUGCUGGACACCGGUCAGCCUAACACCACUAUCCAGCUGAAGUUCCAUCAGUUCUCUACAGAGUGUGGCUGGGACCAUGUUUACGUGUAUGACGGCGACUCGGUGUUCUCGUCCCUGUUGGCUGCCUACAGUGGACUUAUCAAACAAGAUUCGGUGGCUGAGGCCAAUAUUCCAAUAAUUACAGCCAAGUCAGGGAAGGCUUUCAUUUACUUCUACAGUGAUGCUGCUUACAACAUGUCCGGCUUCAACCUUUCAUACAGCGUCAACACAUGCCAGAAAGAUUGUUCUACGAAGGGUGUUUGUGUAGAUGGACGGUGUCAGUGUCAGCCCGGAUAUAGUGGUGAUUACUGUGAGGUGGGGCCAUGUCCUAACAACUGUACCAAUGGCCAGUGUGUCCAGGAUAAGUGUCAGUGUACAGCAGGCUUCAUAGGAAUGGACUGCAGCACCCCGGCACCAAAUGCUUUGUGGGAGAAGAUAGCUGUUCCUGGCCUUGAUAUUGGACUGGCCUCUGCUGCCUCGACUCUCCUGGGGGAUUACAUCUAUAUUGCAGGGGGCUACAGCUUCAUACCAAACCCUUCAUUCCUGUCAAGCUACUACCCUCUAACCAACAAUUGGCAGCCGUUGACACCCACGGGGAGUGUACGGCCGGCCACCAGAUACGGCCACACCCUGGUGGGAUAUCAGGACCAGCUGUACAUGUAUGGCGGUGUAGUGGGUAGGGACCAACCUCACGUUUCCAGGAAGAUGUACAUCUACAACAUCCGGACCAACACAUGGAACGUCUCCUCCGUGGAAAAGGAGCGUGUUAUUCCUGUUGCUGUUGCGGGUCACACAGCGCACGUCAUUAAUGGGAUCAUGUACAUCAUAUUUGGCCACAGCCCGAUAUAUGGGUACAAGAACCGGGUACAGGAGUACCAUUUAGCGAAUAAGACAUGGACUAUCCCGCGUACCAGUGGUGCUAUUAUACAGGGGGGCUACGGCCACUCCAGUGUAUACGACCCCGUCUCACAGAUAAUAUACGUGUAUGGGGGUUACCACUCCGACAGCCACCCCAACUACCAGCUUACUGAUCAGAUGUAUGGCUUUAUUCCACGACAGAGGAAGUGGAUUAUACUUAGAAGCAAUGGCAGUCCAAGAUAUUUACAUUCAGCAGCGAUAUUGAGCGGGUCUAUCUUCGUGUUCGGAGGUAACACACACAAUGACACGUCGAUCAGCUACGGAGCCAAGUGCUAUUCCUCCGAUCUCAUGGUCUACAAUAUAGAGUGUAACUCGUGGUACACCCUCCAGUCCCCGUCCCUGCCAGAGUUUGGAGCCCGCUACGGUCACAGCGCAGUCUUCUACACCUUGAAUGAUGUACCUAGCAUGUAUAUAAUAGGCGGGUUUAAUGGCAUCAUGCAAAACAACCUGAUCAAGUUUACACCUGGUAACUGCACAUUCCACAAGACUAAAGAGGCGUGCCUGGCGGCGAAACAGGGGGUGCAGUGUGUGUGGGUCAGUAACUCGUACUGUAGCUCCAAGUCGGACGCCAUCCUCGACGGCCUCAGCAACUCCUCGGAGAUAUCCAAGUGUGACAGUGAUAACGGCAAAGAAUAUGUGUGCCCCAAGUUCACCUCCUGUCCAUCAUGUCUGUCCAGUGCUUUUAACUGUCAGUGGUGUAAUAACAACUGUACAGCUGCCUGUCCCGUCAAGGACAAACAGUCCCUGGUGAGAGACGUCGCACAGUGCCCCACUAAAUAUAGCAAAAAGUGUGACACCAUACACAACUGCUUUGCCUGUGCUCUCGUUGACCAUUGUAAGUGGAACCGGAAGAACAAGAAGUGUAUGCCUAACCAACCAAUGGCCUUCAUGGACUCGGAAACGCCCAAGGAUAGCGACUACAGCAGCGAGACAGCCUGCGAACAGCCCUGCUACAUCAACACCGACUGUGAAAACUGUACACGCUCAAGUUGUAUGUGGUGUGCCAACAAACGGCGCUGUGUGGAGACCAACUCCUACGUCGCCUCCUUCAUCUACGGACAGUGCAUGGAGUGGACCACUAGUGAGAAUCGAUGUGCAGCCACGCGCUGUGCUGACUUGUUGACUUGUGAGAAAUGUCAGUCCAACCCGAUGUGUGGGUGGUGUAACGACCCCAGUAACACGGGGAUAGGAAAGUGUACGGAGGGUGGGGCCAUCGGGCCGGGACACAACCCCAUACAGGCCAACAACACACAGUGUCCGGCAGACCGUUGGUUCUUCACUCAGUGCCCAGCCUGCCAGUGUAAUGGUCACAGUACAUGUAACAAUGAGACCGGCGCCUGUGAGAGUUGUCAGGGCACGACAACAGGUGAACAUUGUGAAUCCUGUUUGGACGGUUUCUAUGGAGAUCCAACAAAUGGAGGCAAAUGCUCAGUGUGUGAAUGCAACGGACAGGCCAACACGUGUGACAACAAGACCGGCGUGUGUUUCUGUAGGACAAGGGGUGUGGUGGGCGACAGGUGUGAAAAAUGUGAUGUACCACACAAGUAUUACGGAGACCCGAGGAAAGGAGGGACAUGUUUUUAUGAUCUAGUGACGGACUACCAGUUCACGUUCAAUCUGUCCAAACGCGACGACAAGUACUACACUCAGAUCAACUUUAUGAACAUACCGUCCUCUAGUGACAGAGAUGUGGAUUUCAAGGUCAACUGCUCCGACGACAAAGCUUUCCUCAAUAUUUCUGUCCGAACUCGGAGUAAAAGUGAGGUCAUCUUCGUAGAGAGUUACUCGUGUAAUUAUUUCCGAGACAAGUUUGAGCAUCAAGAUUACUCGUUUGGUUCGUCCGAGAACACAACGUUCCUCGUUUAUGUGUAUAAUUUCCAGACACCUUUCUGGUUACAGAUUUCAUUUUCCCAGUUUCCCAAAAUAGAUUUAGUACACUUUUUUGUGACAUUCUUCAGUUGUUUCCUGUCCUUACUCAUCAUAGCAGCAGUUCUGUACAAAAUCAAACACAAAUACGACAACUACAGACGCAGACAGCGUAUGAUUGUAGAGAUGGAAGAAAUGGCCAGUCGACCAUUUUCUACAGUAACCUUGGAGAUAGAGCGAAAAAUUGAUAAUUAUGUUGCAGAAAAGAAAGAUCUAAAUUUGGAUUUAAGAAAGCGUAAAAAGAUAAACAACAAACCUAGUCAGGUGGCAAUAGAGCCCCUUAUUACCCAGAAGGCAGCAGUGCUCACCCUCCUCGUCCAGCUCCCUACGGGGCACGAGGACUGGACGCCCAGUGGAAGUUCAGGCGUAGCCAUUGCCAGUGCUCUCGUCACACUGGGUCAUCAUCGAAAACAGAGUGUUGAGCAUGGUGGCAAGGGAGACAAAAAUAGAUUCAAGAAGCAUUCCGUCCAGACCCACUCGGAUACUUGUGUAUGAUAGGACCACGCCCCUCGGUUAUUUAUUGUGUACAGUGUAACUGUUUUUCCCUUCUUCUUAAAGAAUGGAAGUAUGAAUAUAUAUGUGGAAGUUUGAAAGAACCAGGCCCGUGGUCAUAAAAAAUUAACUUGUAACUCAAACUUGUACUACAAAGUAUUUUUCUUGUAAUUUACCGAUUACUUGUGACAGGAUCAAAAAUUAAAGUUAUAACGUUACUCGGCUACAAGUGUAGGUAAAUAUUAACACAUUGAAUUUUAUUGUAAGAUUUUAAACGACAAACGAUCAUUUCAAUACAGAAUUUUGAGUUUAAGCAUGAGAAUAGUUUUAUGAUUACGGGCUUCAGUGUGUUGGAUGAUCGUUUUCUUUGACUGUGAAGUAUUUUGGGUUUUUUUCAAUCUUAAAAACUGCAUAUUAUAAAGUGUACCUAUAAUCAAAAUCUUGAUAAUGUGGUGCUCAAAGAAACUAAAAUUUUAAAUACUAACAACCUGCCAGUCAGUGUUCUGACUUUCGCGGCCAUAUUAAUGUUGAAGAUAAAUCAACGUUGAGCAGGAUUAACCUUUUCCACCAUUACUUCUGAUCAGUACAACAUACUGCGGUACUCGUCAUCAAAGUGUCCAGAACACCAGGUUACACACUGUACCACAGAGUACCAGGCUACACACUGUACCUCAGAACACCAGGUUACACACUGUACCUCAGAACACCAGGUUACACACUGUACCACAGAGCAGCAUGUAAGGAAUCCUACCAGUCACGUAUUUUGAUAAAAUGGGAAGACUUUACACAUGAUUAUCAAAGGAACCAGAAAUGUUUUCAUAUUUUUUUAUAUGUGGAAUACAUAUCUACCAUAUUUACCUUUGAAAUUGAUGUCAGACUUCGAUAUCUCAAACUUGAAAUUUGGUAAAACUUCAAGUUAAAACUCUAAAAUUCCUCUUUGGGGGUAUCUUAAGGUUGUUAAUGGCCCAUACAAACAAAUAAACAUUUGAAAGAUAAUUUUUAACCUUUGCUGGUUUCUGUUCAGAACUAAAUAAUCAUAAUUGUUAAGUGCAGUUUGCUACCAUACAUAAAAAAGGGAAAUGUUAAGUUAACUUUACUCUUUGUGAUAUACUAUACUGAAUUGUUAUGAAGGAAGUCUAUCAACAGCAAUACUGUACAGAUAGUUACCUUAUUGAUUAAUCAGUACCUUAUUGAAUAUUCAGUACCUUAUGGAAUAUUCAGUACCUUAUUGAUAAAUCAGUACCUUAUUGAAUAUUCAGUACCUUAUAGAAUAUUCAGUACCUUAUUGAUAAAUAAGUAUAUUAUAGAAUAUUUAGUACCUUAUUGAAUAUUAAGUACCUUAUUCAGUACCUUAUUGAUAAAUCAGUUCCUUAUAGAAUAUUUAGUACCUUAUUGAUUAUUCAGUACCUUAUUGAAUAUUCAGUACCUUAUUGAAUAUUCAGUACAUGAGAUUGCCCAUCUUGGAAAUCUUAAAUCUCGGAAACCAAACUUUUGCCUUGCCUCUUUGAGAUAAUGAAGUUUGACAAUUAUAACUACAAAUAUAGUGAUGUAUCCUUGACUAUAUACUGCUGGUAGCUACAGCUGUAGAUAUUACCAUUUACCAUAAAGUGCAAUCACUUCACUUGCCGUCAUCAUCUAGACAGUUGGUCAGGGGAUGUUUUUUAUGUUCAUGUAUCCAUCCACCAUACAGUUUUGUCCUAGUGGAAAAAACAUACUGAAUUAUACAUAUAGUGAAAAUGUAAUAUUUCAUAAUUUGAUCAUGGUAAUGCGCCAUCAUUUGCCAGGAAAAUGAUAUUCACAUACCCGAUGGUUUGCUUCUAACCUAAACAAAAACUUAUAUGGAUGAGGUUGUUAUCAGAUCUGUUGACUGUAGAAGUAAUAUUACUAAUGAUUCCAAUCAAAAACGAAACAUUUUGUUUAAUAUUCCUGUGUAGGUUCAGUUCAUGAAUGUUUGUUGCAUUGUAAGAAAAGUUAUCUCAAAUCUGUACGAGCGUGUGCAAUCAAUCAUUUCCCAACGAUGAUGUCACGUCUAACCUCCAUGGUCUUGAUCUCAUCCAUGAAUAUGUGAAUUAAUAUAAGUAGUUGUUUUUAUAAAAUUUCGAUAACAGCUUCUCCAAAUUACCAAAGCAACAAAAAUGUACGUGAAAUGAAAUGUUUGUCCCGUAUGUAGAAAUCAUGUGUCUAUAUUCAUUACUUUUUGUAUUGUUUUGUCCUAAAUUGUAAAUAAUGGUGCUUUAUUUUCAGAAAUAUAAAAUUAUCACAAUUUUCUAAACACUUAAAUUAUUUUAAUUUAAAUUGUACAUAGGAAUUGUAAAUAGUGAAAGACAGAUGACUUGGGAGUGUGGACCUGUAGAUAGUGUGAAACGGAGGACUGCCAGCGAGUGUGAAGUGUAGAUAGUGUUGUAUAUAGUCUCUGAACAAUGAAAAUGGCCGUGGAAAUGAAAGAAAACAGUCCCACUGAUGGUACUUAAUGAUGAAGUACUGUCAGCCCUUACUAGGUGAAAUGAUCACUUAGGUUAUUAUAUAGUUUAAAACGUGAUGGUUUAUUCAUUUGAGUUUGGGGGGUAAACCACUGUUGGUUUAAUACUUUUAAAAUGUAGUAGCAGGCCUCAAAUGUGAUUAUAAACAGAACUGCACACAGUCAUUGAACAGUAUACCUAAACUUUUGGGUUUUGUAUACUUUAACAUUCCAAACAUCAAUUAGUGGCAGUUCUGAUUGAAAGCAAACCUGCAAUUAUUACCUUGUAAUUGUGUUCAUGUUUGAAAAUAUGAUUUUCCUUAUGGUAUUUGUCGUACUCCGAUUUCUAUUUUCUUGACAUCAUAUAAAACCACUAAUUAUAAUUAUCAGAAUGAAUUUUUUGACAAUUUGUUUCUUUGUACAGGUUUCUUAUACAACGUUUGUUAAAAAAGACAUCUUUAAUAUCAAUUUGUUUCUAGAUCUGUGUUGUUUCAUGAUCAUGUUGCUAGAUGUUCAAGGUACAUGUAGAAUAUGUUGGAUGUAUUGUGUGAGAUGUGUGGAGUGUUGUGGCACCAAAUCCGUCCCAAUAAUCACACUGUACAAACAUUGUUGAUUUGUUUGCCUAAGUGUAGAAAGGUUGUCAGGAUAGAAAACCUCAUCUUUUGGCAUGGGUGUAAAGCAAUACUUGGUCAGGGGACCUCCUUCAAUAUUACGGCUGCUCAGAUGUAACCAGCAUCCGAGUCAGCUUGAAGCCAAGAGCUACUGUGAUGCAAUGCCGAUUCUACUCGGCUCAAACUCAGCUUAAGAAUGACCGAAACUUUUGUGAUAUUGGGGCGGAUAGAGUGGAUGGGAUAUAACAACAGUUGUGUUAACUGUUCAUUGAUGAACAGUUAAUUUAUGAAAUAAUUUUAAAAUUGUUUUCAGUUCUUUGUCAUUGUGUAUAUGUUAAUCAGUUCAGUUUUUUUCUCACCAAAACUUUUAGUCGUUUGAUUGAAAGUGACUUAUUAUUGCACCAAGACACUUGUAGACGAGGUAAGAACCAAGCCAAGAGAUACCGAUUGGUUUUUUUUAUCAUUGAAACUGUAGUAACACCAGGUUUUGUGUCCUUCUAAGUUGUGUCAUAUCGUGAUAGCUUUGUUUAUAGAUCUAGUAAUGUUAUAAUAAACAAUCAAAUAAGUUUAAUUUUCAAUUAAACAUUCCAAAUUUGAUAAAACUCACUACAUCAUAGGACGCUACGUAUGAGCGAGAUGUUUAGAAGUAUGCUGAGGGACAACAUUUAAACUGCAGAGGCUGCAAGAGGUGUUAUACAACUAUCAACAAGUUUGAAAGAAUGUUAAGAAAGACGAAUCAUGUUCGGAAAUACAAAUAUCAGAUCAACUGAAUAAAAAACAUUGCAAUGUA